CGUCGUGCGGCUGCCGGCCGGGGGGUCUCUGAGCCCUCCGCCCAUCUCCGCGCUGCACUUUCGGCGCGAACUUGGGGGCGGCGGCCACCGUGCCUGCGGCGCCAGCGACAAGGAGGAGCUUCCAGCCGCGUCGCACGCAGCCGCCGGGGACGCGGAGCCGGCGCGGCGAACAGUGAGGGGACUGGCGGCCGUCUCGGACUCCCGGCGCCGCAGCGCCCUGCUCCGCUCCCCGGCCACAUCUAGGGAGAAGGAAUCGUGUCCGUGCCACCUCGCUCAGGCUUCCGCUUUGCCCCGGCUCGGGGACCCGAUGCGACAGGCGCCGCGGGACGGACGGCUGCGCGCUGCGGAGAGCAGAGAGCCCGGGCUGUGGAGUCCCGCACAUGUCUCUGCGGUCAUCGCGCUCGGGGCUCGGCGGGUAACUCUCUGCGGCUGGCCACGCGCUUGCAACUGAAGCCACAGCACACCCCUUCAUCGUGGAUUGUUUCCAGGAUCCAGGCCUCCACAUGUCAGCAGUAGUCUCCUGAUGCCGUCCAUCCUCCUCCACCCCUCCUCACUGUUUUCAAAGAGAGAGGGCCUUCAGGAAACACACCCCAAAAGUGCAGAUUUAUUUAUUAAUUCAAGUAUUCGAACUGUCGUGAAAACCAUCUGCAUAAUCAUCCCCUCUGUCUUUGGAUCCUGUUUCAAGCAGGCCAGCCAUGAGAGGGUACCUCGUGGCCCUAUUCUUGAGUUGUGUCUUCCUCUAUUAUGUGCUACACUGUAUCCUGUGGGGAACAAAUGGCUAUUGGGUACCAUCUAUGGAUAUCAAGAGUAAAAAUAUCAACACUUGUCCAAAAAAGCCAGCUUUCAGUUCUCUCCUGAGGUUUCCCCAGUUUUACCCCUUUCUGUGUACAUCUGAUUUUGCAAGGAUUACUUCUAUGUACGGUACCAAUAAUUUUGUUUUACCCUAUGGGAUAAAGUCAUCAGCGCCAUAUUUUCGAACUGUCCUUUCAAAACUGAAGAGCUGUGAUCUCUUUGAUGAGUUUGACAAUGUGCCAUGUAAAAGGUGUGUGGUGGUCGGUAAUGGAGGAGUGUUGAAGAAUAAGACAUUAGGAGAAAAAAUCGACUCCUAUGAUGUGAUCAUAAGAAUGAAUAAUGGUCCUGUUUUAGGACAUGAAGAGGAUGUUGGAAGGAGGACAACCUUCAGGCUUUUUUAUCCAGAGUCUGUCUUUUCAGAUCCCACUCACAAUGAUCCCAAUACCACGGCAGUUCUCAUUGUCUUUAAGCCACAGGAUUUACGGUGGCUCUUGGAAAUAAUGAGUGGUACCAACAUAAACACUAAUGGUUUUUGGAAGAAGCCAGCCUUAAACUUGAUCUAUAAGCUAUACCAAAUCAGAAUAUUAGAUCCGUACAUUAUCAGAGAAGCAGCUCAUCACCUGCUUCAUUUUCCCAAAGUUUUCCCCAAAGAUCAGAAACCCAAACACCCCACGACAGGAAUUAUUGCCCUCACACUGGCAUUUCACAUAUGCAGUGAAGUUCACCUUGCUGGUUUCAAGUACAACGUUAACAACCCAAACAGUCCUUUACACUACUAUGGGAAUGCCACCAUGUCUUUGAUGAACAAGAAUGCAUAUCACAAUGUGACUGCAGAGCAGCUCUUUUUAAAGAGAAUUAUAGAGAAAAAUAUGGUAAUCGACUUGACUCAAGAUUGACCAUACAGAUUCAAAAGAUGACGCUAAAUAGUAUUAGUUUUAUUUUUGUACUGAAAAUUUUAGUUUAUUUUUAAAUAUGUUGAAUGAACUCAUCAAAUAAUUAUUAUAUGUAUUGUCUGUUGAUGCCUGGUGAUUUAUAACCACCAGCUUAAUUUCUGUGAAUGUAUUUAUGAAAUACAAAACAAACCUUUUAGUUAUGGCAUCAGGGAACUAUUUAAAGUUUUGACUGUUGUUUAAAACAAGCUGGUGUUUUGAGGUGUUUUAAAAUACCUUUUUGUAGUUCCUUCAUCUUAGAGUUCUAGGUGAUUUAGUUGAUGUCACUAGUUUUGAUGGUCACAUGUCAUUCUGAGACAAUUAUUUAUUAUUUGUUAUUCCUGCCAUGUGACUGGGGGCCAGGUGCAGGAAACUAGAACCACUUGGUUUUGGAAGUCCAUGGUGUGGUGUUCAUAGUGGUUUAAUUAAGUUCCCCAUGCAAUCAAGUAAACUAGUAAUAACUUGCAGUGUUAGGGAGUAAAUCAGUCUUUCUUAUAUAUGCUAAGAUGAGCACUCUCACCUUGAUGAGCGUCCUGAGAUUUUUUUUUUUGUGGGGGGUGGGAUGAGGCAGGUUCUUACUAUGUAGCCUAGGCUGGCCUUAAGAACUUGGGUUCUUGCCUCACCUUCCCAAGUUCUGGGAUUACAAUUGUGUACCACUGUACCCUACAGCAUCAUUUUUUUUUAAAUUAAAAGAAAAAUUCAUUUUUUUUUUAAAAGACAAGGUUUAUGUAAGCUCUGGAUGGCCUAGAACUACAGUGCAGUUCAGGCUGGCCUUGAACUCAGAGAUGGGCCUACCUCUACCUCUGGAGUGCAGGGAUAAGGUCAAGAAUGAGAAACUUAAGUAUUUUCCCAGUUUAAUGUAUCCAUUGAUUCUUAAUUGUUUAUUUGAAGCAAAUUAGAAAAGUAAACCAAUGAAAGUAAAGCCUUAAGAUUCCAGCUGAUUCUCUGUUUGUAUAAAAAAAAAAAGUCAGCAUUUCAUGACUCAAUUUAGCCUUCACUAAAACACUUACUAGGCCACUUCAGGUACACUAGAGGAAAGUCUGAUGAACCACAAACAAAAGUUAGCCCUUGAAGCAGUCUCCAAUUGUUAAUACACACAAGUGAAGGCUCCCGGGGGCAGGAAGGGAGGAGAAAAGAGUGGCAGAGGUGACAAGGAUGGAUUCAGAUACCAUUGGAGAUCUGAGGAGAACAAGAGUCACUGUCCUUGGAGCAGCAAGCAUUGCUGGAAAUGUAAGUGGUGCUGGCAACCAACUUGACUCCCUAAAGAGAGUACACCUGAAGAGUUCAAUUUCAGGAAAAGGAGGAAUGAAAUAUUGACAACCAGCUUGUGUUGGAUGGAUAGUGAGGCUAGCUCAUACUGAACAGUGCCCAGCUUCGUGACUCAAAGGUGGAAGCCAGGCACUAGAAGACUCUACGUGUUCAUGAGGUGUUUCCCUCUUACUGCAUGGCCAUAGGGAGCUGGGCUGCCCAGGUUCAUGUUCAUGGUAUGUCAUCGGGGAGCUGGUGGCAGAGAAGGUGACAGGGAGCAAAGGAGAAAGAAGAACAGGAACAUUUUGAAAUGAUGCUUUAAGCACUAUAAUCUUGGUCAUAAAAAUGUGAUGUCAGUUGCUGAGAAAUCUGGCAUUUUAUGGAGUAUGAUGUAAAAGAUUGUUAUAUUUAAUCCAAAUAAUCUGAGCAAGACACACAUGUAUAAUUUAUUAAAAACACAUUAGAAUCUCACUAUUUCCAACAGCCUAAAUUCUAGCAACAUAUACAAAUACCAAGUGACUACAGUACAUGCCGAGGUAAGAAAAUACAUUCUGGGAUAAUAUAACUGACAGUCAAGCCAUUUUCACUUCCUCUGUAUUGCAAUACAUGUUUUAUUUUUACCAUUCACAGUGCCAAAAGUGGAAAACAAGAGAAAUUACACACAAGCUGGACUACAUAAGAAUUGGUGCCACACUCAACUUAAACAUUCUCUAACUCCCUAACCACCCAACCCGCUAGGUUUGCAGUAUAGGGACUUUUCAAGUUCAAAACCAAAAGGUAGAAUUAACAGCCCCUAUACAGAGCUUCAUUAAUUCUCCACUGAGGGUCUGGACACCAUCCCGUGUCCCCUAUAGUCUCUGGGUUCUUUCUAGUGGUCUUGUCUGCUUUACUUUUCUACUCCCCAGGUGACAAUGUGGAACCAAGGCAAAGAAGCUCUCGCUCAAUCCCUGACCACAGCUCGGUGGCCACAACCAUAUUUAAUGCUUUGUCACUGGGACAGGGAGAGGAAAAGCACACACAUAGAACACAUCAUAACCGUCAUGACUGCAUAAAUUCUCUAAGUGAACAGCGAAUAAACCCAUUGUUCAAUGCAAAGUGCAAACAGUGAAACAUGAAUUAAAUAACUGAACUAGACCUGGCCCAUUCAAAGGAACUACCUGGAUCUACAAACAGCAUUUAAUAAAAUGCAAACCAGAAUUAACAUCUUUAUCUGUGCUGGUUCCAAAGAUCAAGUAACAGCCAAGUCAGUAUAAUUUUCUGAAACCUCCAGAGGCCACACUUGCCACACUGCUGUCUAUAUAUUUCUAUAAUUGUAUUAUCAGGAAAAGAAAAACUGAAUAAACCACAGUGACUUAAGUAUUGAGUAUUUCAAGCUAAUAAUUAAAAAAAAAUCAAGAGUUUGGUCAAGAAAAGGUUCCUUUCACAUUUUACUUGAUUGUCUUCCAAAGCUCUGUAUCAGACAUGUAAGUGACUGAGAACCAAAAACAAUCUAUAUUACAUAAACAAAAAUACGAAACCAGAGAAAAUCAUUUGAAUUAGGCUCAGCUCAUCUGCAAAGUAAAAAAAUAUAUAAAAAUAACCAGGUAUUUUAUGAAAACCAUUGGUAGAGCUGAAGACAGCACAGUGGCAAUAUGAAUCAAGUCUUACAAUAUGCAUCAUACGAGAAUAUGGCAUCGCUUUAUUUUAAAAACGUUCUGGGGAAAAUGAUCUGAGACACAGUUACAAAAAAUAGCAAGCUUUGGGAAAAUGACUUCAUCUUCAAAAUGUCUCUCUUAAAGCUUCCAAUGGGAAUCGGACUCCAAGAAAACUAUACUCUGCCUACUAAGCAUGAAUAAAAAUAAAACAGCAAAUGGUUUACUUUGCUCCCACCUGAAAGGGGACAACUGCAUCGUGUGCUUUACACAUUCUCAAAUGUUUCAGUACAAGUUCAAUAUCUGUGCUUUUUGCUUCAUUACCUUGAAACAAAAUAUGCAUUGAUUUUUCAAUGAGUGAAAUUGUGCCUCAAAGUCCACAAAACAGCCGGGCGGUGGUGGCGCACGCCUUUAAUCCCAGCACUUGGGAGGCAGAGGCAGGCGGAUCUCUGUGAGUUCGAGACCAGCCUGGUCUACAGAGCUAGUUCCA